AUGACGAGUCUACAUAUUAUUCAUUAUUUAAAUACAAUGACAUUUUAUAUUGUCAGCUUUUUCUUUUCUUUGUUAGCAGAAACACACCUCAUUUUAAAGGAGAACUCAUGUAUUUUUUAUUAUUUUAUUUUUCAAAAGAGUAUAAUUAUAAUUUUUCCUACUGUACAUAGUCUUAAGUGUUCUAUCAUAGUUUUAAGUGUUUUUUUUUUUUUUACAAUAAUAUCAUGUAUAUUUAGUAUAAAUCUUAUACUAUCACAAAUCCUGUACGUUUCGACGUUAUACUCCUGGCGAUUAUGGACAAGAAGACAGUACCCCGCAGAGAGCGUUGAAUUCUCCGAGAAAUGGCGGAUGGGGAUGAAAGUUGCAGAGAGAAGAAGGCCAGAGCCGCGGCUGACCUUGUCCCCAGUGACCCCAUUUCUUCGGUCCCUUCCUCUCCGCUCCAAGGUCACUCCUCGGGAGUGCGCUCUCGAGGUUCAAAAAGAAAGGCGAAGGCUAGGCUCGAGGAUUCGGUCAUGCGCUGUAAUUGGUAGGAGGAACUAA